AUGGCCACCUCUCUUUUUCCUACACCUGUACCUCGAAGAAAAUAUCCUGUCGAAUUCAAAGCCGGGAAACUUAAACGAGAUGGAAAUACAAAUUGGUUGAAAGCCGACGAAAGAAAAGGGCUCGUAUAUAUGGACCAGGGUGACGAUCAACUGAUGCAUUUCUAUUGGAAAGAUAGGAAAAACAAUGCUGUAGAAGAUGAUUUGAUUCUCUUUCCCGAAGAAGCUGAAUUUAUUCGAGUAGAACAAUGUACAACUGGUCGCGUGUAUUUACUUAAUUUUAAAUCAUCUUCCCGCAAACUAUUUUUUUGGAUGCAAGAUGCGAAAGAUGACAAGGAUGAAGAAAAUGUUGCAAAAGUUAAUCGAUUAAUUAAUGAUCCACAAGCCGGAUUAGCAGAAAGCAGACAACAACAAAGUAGUGCGGGUCAAUUAGGUAGCCCUUUUCAAAACAUGCAAAACAUGGACGAUUUAGCAGGAUUCGGAAUGGAUCAAGAACAAUUAUUGCAAUUACUCCAAGGUCAAGGAUUCGGUGGACCUCCUUUCACGUCAACUACUCCUGCCGAGCCACAAUCUGCAACAGCUGCAACAUCAGAAGCUGGUUCUGGAGUACAAACUACAGAAUCAAAUCUCGGUUUUACUUCUGAACAAUUAGGCAACUUGAGAAAUAUUUUGUCUGGUAUACAAGUUCCAGGUACUUAUAUUGAAAUAGAAGAGGGAACAAGACAACCUGAUGUAAGCCUGGUUGAUGUUCUCACGCCCAGUGCCAUUGGACCCUUAUUAAAUAACCCAGAGAUAGCUUCGGCUUUAUUUCCUCACCUGCCUGCCAACAUUGAAAGAUCACCUGAAGAAUUAGCCGCUGUUAUUCAAAGUCCGCAGUUUGCACAGGCAUUACAGUCUUUAAGCAUCGCCUUGCAAUCUGGCCAAUUAGGACCUUUGCUGUCUCAAUUAGGUUUAGAUCCAUCAGCCGGCAAUGGAGUCGAAGCAUUCCUCCGUGCCAUUCAGGAACAAGCGAAUAGGCGACACAGAGAUCACGAGGAUGAAAACACUGAAGAUCAUAGCGGCGAUAGAAUGGAAGAAGAUUGA